CUUUACGCCAAUUUGUAGUCAUAAUCUGCUCACAACUCUCCCAAAUUUUCCCCUUCCAUUUCUCUCUUCUCUGUCUAGCCAAUUAAAGAUCCAAUCUUUUCUCUCACUAACUGUUCAAUUCUCGUUCAUCAAAUAAAGGGCAUUUGUUUCUCUCUCUCUCUACAAAUCAAAUCUGCUUCUUUUCUUUCUUCUUCAGUGUACCCACACUACCCACCAUUGACCUCAAGAUCCAAUCUUUUUUUUCAACAAAUCAUUUCCGAUUAAACCCUAACAAUUGCUUUCUCUCUCUCUCUAUCGACUUCAAUUUGGCUUCAUUUUCCUUCCUUUUUUCUCUAUCAAUCAAGUCCUAAAUCCCAUUUAGCUGUUAAAAUUCAGUCUGUGGGAAGAAGGGCCAUUUGCAGAUCACAGCACUCAGAUCCACUUCAAUUCGGCAAAAGUUGUAGCGAAGAUUUCACCUUCAUGAACGCAAUUUGAGUAGAUUAGGGUGGGAUUCAGUGUUCUAUAUUAAAAUGAAAGAACUGAAUCCAACUGAUCCAAUAGGGCAGAACAUAAUCAAGGCAAUCAGCAAUGUGUGUUUCUCUGUGUUCGUAUUCUCCGUGCUCAUAUUUACCGUAAUUGCCAUCACCUACCAACCCCCUGACCCAUGGGAAUCCUCCAGAGCCCUAACCAAGAUCUUCACCGACUACGAAAAUGCCACCUUCAAAACCGACUCUUCCGUCUUCAAAACCGGUGAGGACAUUGCCGCAUCUCCGCUAGCAACCCCUGCCGGAUCACUGCCGCCCAUUACCGAAUCCACAAUUAAGCAAUCCGAAGACCAAAUCACAACAAAUUCGACCUUAAAAUCGGGCUGUGAGGAUUCAUCUACGCUGAACUGUUCGGACCCACGAGUUUUAAUCGCGAUCCAGAGGUUCAAUUUGAAGACUUACAAGGCGAUUGCCUUCUUGGAUUAUCAAACUCCGGUUAAUGGGUCUAAACCGGAUGAGUGUGACGUGGCGUGGAGGUUUAGGAACAAGAAAGAGAAGUCUUGGAGGAAGUAUAGAGAUUUUCGGAGAUUUAGGAUUGGGAUUAACGACGAUGAUUGUUCGUACAAGGUUGUUCGUCCCGGGAGGUGGCAUUCUGGUGUAAACGCGCGUCGCCCAAGAACUCAAGUUAUUUCUGAUGGGAAAGACCGAACGGCUAAGAUUGCUCCACCUGUUAAGGAUGACGAGAUCUACGACACGAUUCCCGUUUUGGGAUCGGAUUCGGCUUUUAGGCAGGGGAGGUAUUUGUACUAUUCGAGGGGAGGUGAUUAUUGCAAAGAUAUGAAUCACUAUAUAUAGUUCUUGUGUGCUCUAGGCGAGGCUCGGUAUUUGAACAGGACAUUUGUGAUGGAUUUGAGUGUUUGCUUGGCUUCUACUUAUACACAGAGUAAUAAGGAUGAAGAAGGAAAAGAUUUUAGAUACUACUUCGAUUUCGAGCAUUUGAAAGAGGCGUCUCCAAUUGUGGAGGAAGGCGAGUUUAUGAGAGAUUGGAAGAAAUGGGAGAAGACUCGAAAGACGAAAGUUCCUCUCAGAAAGGUUGCGAGCUAUAAAGUGACUCCGAUGCAGCUGAGGAGAGAUAAAAGCACCAUCAUCUGGCGGCAGUUCGAUGCACCCGAGCCGGAAAACUACUGGUAUAGAGUUUGUGAAGGUCCAGCUGGCAAGUACAUCGAGAGGCCGUGGGAAUCUCUUUGGAAAUCAAAGAGAUUGAUGAAUAUAGUUUCGGAGAUUAGUGGGAGUAUGGAUUGGGAUUUCGAUGCUGUUCAUGUUGUUCGAGGUGAGAAAGCGAAUAAUAAGAUGCUGUGGCCUAAUUUGGAUGCUGAUACUUCGCCCGAUUCUCUAGUUAAUAAACUUCAAGGGACAAUUGCACCUUGGAGGAAUUUGUAUGUUGCGACAAACGAGCCCUUUUACAAUUACUUCGAUAAGUUGAGGUCUAAUUACAAAGUUCAUUUGCUCGAUGAUUAUAAGUAUUUGUGGGGAAAUACGAGCGAAUGGUAUAAUGAGACGACUGCAUUGAAUGGUGGAAGGCCUGUUGAGUUUGAUGGUUAUAUGAGAGUUGAAGUUGAUACGGAGGUGCUUUAUAGAUCGAAGACGAGGGUCGAGACAUUCUAUAACUUGACCACAGAUUGCAAGGAUGGGAUCAAUACAUGCUAAACAGGUUUAAAUUGCAUUUACAUUUUAAUUAAUGGUAUGACUUGUCACAGUUUCGUCGAGGUUUUAUAUGUUGUAUUAAUAUAGUAGAUGGUAUUCGCCAUGUAUCUGUACUAUAUGUUUUGUUUUCUCUGUAGAACCCUUUUGUUCGUUUUUGAAAAUCGAAAAGAUUGUUGUUGCUUUCUUUA